ACGAGUAUGGCCAAGUACAUAAUGGCAUGGGAUAUUUGCUAUCAAAGGAUCCUACCCAAAUCCUUUUGCAACUUCACUAGCUUUUGAAACAUUUAUGAUCCAUUGCUCCUAACUGCUGCGGCCACAUCUCUGAACAUGGUUCUCCCUGAGCACUCUAACCCAGACGCCCCUGUCUUCUCCCAUUUCAAUUUGGCCGGAAAGACGGCUAUCGUGACAGGAGGUACGCGCGGAAUAGGACUAGAAGCCGCACGAAGUUUGGCUGAAGCCGGAGCCAAGGUUGCCAUCACUUACACUUCCACCGACCCUACCGAGGCGGACAAAAUUGCUGCCGCAGUCUCGAAAUCCGGAAAUGGCGUCCUCGUUCAGGCAUACAAGUGCAACGUCAAAUCCCCAACCGAAGUCGAAGAACUUGUUGAGAAAGCUACCAGAGAGAUUGGAGAUGGCAAACUCGACAUCGUUGUCGCGAACGCCGGCAUUGCGGCUCAUUACCCUGCCAUCCAAUACGGAGAUGAGGAGUGGCGCGAGAUGCUCGACGUCAAUUUUCAUGGCGCGUUCUGGACUGCGAGGGCAGCCGCGCGAGUAUUCGAACGACAGCUCAAAGCCGGAAGCGAUGGUCGGGGGUCUAUUAUCUUCACCGCCAGUGUCUCGGGUAUUCUUGUGAAUGUACCCCAGCAGCAGUCCGCUUACAAUGCAAGCAAGGCAGCCGUCAUACACCUAGCAAAGUCUUUGUCGGUUGAAUGGGUUGAUUUCGCAAGGGUGAACUGUAUUUCCCCUGGAUUCAUAGCGACAGAUAUGCUUUCCGUGCACCCCGAAGAAUGGAGGAAGAAGUGGUUCUCGAUGAUCCCUGCGAGUAGAUUAUGCCAGGCUUCCGAAUUGAAGGGCGCUUAUGUGUUUCUAGCAAGCGAAGCAUCGAGUUACAUGACAGGAGCUAAUAUGGUUAUCGAUGGCGGAUACACCCUGCCUUAAGGGCCCAGACGAGAUUAAGUUAUAGUUGGUGUUCACCCCUUGAUGUGGCACUGUUCAGCAAGU